GUUAAAGUCAGAAGUUAAUCAGCUUGUUGAUUUUGAAGCAUGAAUGCGAUUCUCACUAUUCUACUUCUUCGUCUUUCUCUUUUCCCCCUUCUCCCCUUCCUCCCCUUCUUCGUCAUCAUCAUCCCCUUCUCAGCACCAUGUCGUCUUGUUUGUCACCAUCUACUCAUCUUCUCAUCGCGUGCUAGUCCUUACCAGCCCGUACUGGUCCGUACUGUAGACACCGCAGGUAGUCUUUGUGCCGUCGUCCAGCCAGCCAGCGAAACAUCUGUCCUUUCCUUACCUUAGGCACCUUCCAUCCGAUUCUCAGAGUCACCAGUCACCACUCUCCAAUCCCCUCCGUUUUCUGCCUGUUUCCUGUUUCCUCUCAUGUCAGGCGUUGGAGCUUGUGGGAUGCAAGCCCUCACAAAAGCAGCAGCGCAUGCACGAGAUCCACCGCGCAGCGCAGAGUGGAGAGUGGACGCCGGACGGCCCCGGACUUUUUUUAAAAAAACUGCGGCUAGGUCGCGGCUGUACCUCCGGCUGGCUGGCUGGCUGGCUGGGCCCCUG